AUGGAAUUUCUAAAGGGGAACCCAUUGUCCACGCCGGUUGGCCAGCGUAUCCAGAAAGCUACUAGUGGCUCCCCUGAGAACGAGGACUGGACUUUGAACAUGGAAAUCUGUGACAUUAUCAACGAGACAUAUGAGGGACCCAAAGAUGCAGCAAAGGCCUUAAAGAAGAAGAUUGUGGGAAAUAAGAACUUUAAUGAGGUCCUGCUGGCGCUGACUGUUCUUGAGACAUGUGUAAAAAACUGUGGCCAUCGCUUCCAAAUUUAUGUCUGCAAAAAAGAAUUCGUGGAGGGAGUGCUGGUCCGGAGCAUUCUCCCCAAAAACAAUCCUCCUAUGGUCUUACACGACCGAGUCUUAAGCCUCAUUCAGGCUUGGGCUGAUGCUUUUCGGAAGAAUCAGUCACUGAGCGGAGUGGUACGUGUAUAUGAUGAUCUUAAGCGAAGAGGCCUGGAGUUUCCCAUGACUGAUCUGGAUUCUCUGUCGCCUAUACACACCCCCAACAGGAAACAGAAGCUGAUGGACGAAUUGAAGCUGGUUAAGGGAAACCAUAAAGUGAUGACGGAGAUGCUAGAACAGCUCAAACCAGGAGAAAGUCCUAAAUCAGAAACUGAUCUGCUACGGCGGUUGUACACGGUGUGUAAGACCAUGCAGCUGAGAGUAGCCGACCUGAUCGACAAAUUGGCUGAAGAGGAUCUGAUUGGAGAAUUGCUGGUUAUCAAUGAUGAUCUUAACACCGCCUUUAUCCACUAUGAAAGCUUUGAGAAGCAGAAUCGUUACCAUGCAGCAAAUGCACAACAAUCCCAGGAGGAAGGAAACCUUAUAGACAUUAAUCCUGUUGAAUCAGCAGUUGAUCAGACUUUGGUUUCUGCUGUCAGUCAAGCAGUACCCCCACCAACAUCUGAUCCUAUACAGAGUACAGCUGGAGAGGAAGAAGAUGAAUUUGAUAUGUUUGCUCAGACAAGAGAAAGUUCACUAGCUGAGCAAAGGAAGAGUGUUAGGUAUGAGGACCCUGGCGCAGUAGAGAGCUUGGCAGAAGCACUGGACACUCGGCUGCAGGUCACUUCAGAGAUACCAGCGUCCCAGAGUUCUGUUUUGGAUGACAUUGAGGAAUUGUUGUCCUUAGAAACGUAUGAUGACGAUGAUGAUGAGGGAGUAACCAGUGAAGAGUUUGACAAGUUUUUAGCAUCAAGGGCUAAAGCAGUGGAGAAUCUCCCACCUGCGCAGUAAAGCUAGUCCACCCCUGCAAACCACC